CUUCCUGCUAGCCUCCAGACUGGGCUUAUAAAGAGGUGCCCACCGCUGUUUCCCCACAUCAACAGCCAUGUCGAAGGUAUACAAAGACAAGCUUGCGUCGCUGCCGAAAGAGUCGUUCCUCUUCGGGCCCUCGCCCGUCCAGUUCCUCCCGAAGAUGACGGCGGCACUCGGCGGCAAAGUGAAGAUCUACGCCAAGCGCGAGGACUGCAACUCUGGCCUUGCUUACGGCGGCAACAAGGUCCGGAAGCUCGAAUACCUCGUCGCGGACGCGCGCGCGCAAGGGUGCGACACCCUCGUCUCCGUUGGCGGCGUGCAGAGCAACCACACGCGCGCGGUGACGGCCGUCGCGGCGGCGAGCGGUAUGCGCGCCGUCACGGUGCAGGAGAAGUGGGUGCCGAUCGAUCCGCCGCUGUAUGCCGAGGUGGGCAACAUCCUCUUAUCGCGGAUUAUGGGCGGCGACGUGCGCCUCAACGACGAGGACUUUGGGAUCGAGCAUAAGCAGGCGACAAAGCAGGCGUUUGCGGACAUUGAAGCGCGGGGCGGCAAGCCCUACUACAUCCCCGCGGGUGCGUCCGACCACCCUCUCGGGGGAAUGGGGUUCACGAACCUCGUCGUCGAGCUGGCGGAGCAGGAGAAGGCCCUCGGCGUGUUCUUCGACACCCUCGUCGUGUGCUCCGUGACGGGCAGUUCGCACGCGGGGCUGAUCGUCGGCGCCGUGGCCGAGGGCAAAGGGCGGCGCAUAAUUGGCAUCGACGCGAGCGGGAAGCCGGCGCAAACCAAAGCGCAAGUAGCGCGCAUCGCGCGCGCGACUGCCGCCGCGCUCGAUCCCGCCCUAGAGAUACCCGACGACGCGGUCGUGCUCGACGAGCGCUUCCAUGCCGGCAUAUACGGGAUUCCGGACGAGACGACGCUCGACGCCAUCAAGUUCGCGGCGCAGACGGACGCUAUGAUCACCGAUCCGGUGUACGAGGGCAAGAGCAUGGCAGGCAUGAUGGCGCUAGUCAGGGAGGGCGCGAUCGCAGAGGGAAGCAAUGUGCUUUACGUCCACCUGGGCGGGCAGCCGGCGCUCAAUGCGUACAGCUCGUACUUUCCACACAAGUAGACAGAUGUGAUGACAUGUAUGG